CGCCGUAGGGCGCGGUGCAUGCUGGGCCCGGCAAUAUGGCGUCCUCCUUGACGCGCUGAUGAGAGGAGUUUCACUGUAGCUUCAGACCCGAGGACCACACUCCGCAGACCCAAUAAGCCCCCGAUACCCGUGUUGGGCGCGGCCCCGCCUGGCCCCGUCACCCGGGACGCGCGCUCGGGCAGGAGAGGGGCGCGGGCGCGGAGGUCAGGACCGGCCAGGUCGCGCGGGCCCGGCGUGAGCCGCCGGCUACGGGCAAGCACGAUGGGCCGGUCCUGGCUGCGGCUGCAGCCGCUGCGGCGAGUGCGGGACCCGCAGGGCUGAGCGCGGCUGGCGGAGCCCCAGCGCCCCGGGCCCCUUCCCUCCGGCCGGACACCUCCGCGCAGUCGGGAACCGGCGGCCGGAGCGGGCGGCCGGCCUGCGCUCGGAGGCCGCGAGCAGGGUCAUCGUGAGGCCUCGGGUGUCGCCCGCCCGUGACAGCUCGGCUGGCGGCCUCGGGAGCGGCCCGCGGCCCGGGACCCGGGGGCGUUGUGCGUCCGUGCGGCGCCCGCCGGGCUGCCCCGUCCCCACCGGCGCGUCCCGCCCCGAGUUAGACGGAAGGGCCUCCGCAGACCCGGGCCCGAGUGAGGGUCCCCGCGCACCGACCCCCGUUGCCUCCGCUGCCCCCCGGUUCUCUGCGGCCUCGCCGGCCGUGGUGCACACGACCUUGUAAGGCUGGAGGUGCUCGAGCGCCUGCUGCCCCGGACCCCCCCGCCCCCGGCCGCCCUGAUGGAGGCCGAGCUGCUGCAGUCGCCUCUGCUGGGGCUCGGGGAGGAGGACGAGGCCGACCUGAGCGACUGGAACCUGCCCUUGGCCUUCAUGAAGAAGCGGCACUGCGAGAAGAUCGAGGGCUCCAAGUCCUUGGCCCAGAGCUGGAGGAUGAAGGACCGGAUGAAGACGGUCAGCGUCGCCCUGGUGCUGUGCCUGAACGUUGGGGUGGACCCUCCGGACGUGGUGAAGACCACGCCCUGCGCGCGCUUGGAGUGCUGGAUCGAUCCUUUGUCGAUGGGUCCCCAGAAAGCCCUGGAAACCAUCGGUGCCAACCUGCAGAAGCAGUACGAGAACUGGCAGCCCAGGGCGCGGUACAAGCAGAGCCUUGACCCCACCGUGGACGAGGUGAAGAAGCUGUGCACGUCGCUGCGCCGGAACGCCAAGGAGGAGCGGGUCCUCUUCCACUACAACGGCCACGGGGUGCCCCGGCCCACAGUGAACGGGGAGAUCUGGGUCUUCAACAAGAACUACACGCAGUACAUCCCGCUGUCGAUCUACGACUUGCAGACGUGGAUGGGCAGCCCGUCGAUCUUCGUCUAUGACUGCUCCAACGCGGGCCUCAUCGUCAAGUCCUUCCGCCAGUUCGCCCUGCAGAGGGAGCAGGAGCUGGAAGUCGCGGCCAUCAACCCCAACCACCCUCUGGCCCAGAUGCCCCUGCCCCCGUCCAUGAAGAACUGCAUCCAGCUGGCCGCCUGCGAAGCCAGCGAGCUCCUGCCCAUGAUCCCUGACCUCCCGGCCGACCUGUUCACCUCCUGCCUCACCACCCCCAUCAAAAUCGCCCUGCGCUGGUUCUGCAUGCAGAAGUGCGUCAGUCUGGUGCCCGGAGUCACGCUGGACCUGAUCGAGAAGAUCCCCGGCCGGCUCAACGACAGGAGGACGCCGCUGGGCGAGCUGAACUGGAUCUUCACGGCCAUCACAGACACCAUCGCGUGGAACGUGCUCCCUCGGGACCUCUUCCAGAAGCUGUUCCGGCAGGACCUGCUGGUGGCCAGUCUGUUCCGCAACUUCCUGCUGGCGGAGAGGAUUAUGCGCUCCUACAACUGCACCCCGGUCAGCAGCCCGCGUCUGCCCCCCACCUACAUGCACGCCAUGUGGCAAGCCUGGGACCUCGCCGUAGACAUCUGCCUCUCCCAGCUGCCCACCAUCAUCGAGGAGGGCACUGCGUUCCGGCACAGUCCGUUCUUCGCUGAGCAGCUGACCGCCUUCCAGGUGUGGCUGACGAUGGGUGUGGAGAACAGGAGCCCCCCCGAGCAGCUCCCCAUUGUUCUGCAGGUGCUGCUGAGCCAGGUGCAUCGGCUGAGAGCCCUGGACCUGCUGGGCCGGUUCCUGGACCUGGGCCCCUGGGCGGUGAGCCUGGCCCUGUCCGUGGGCAUCUUCCCCUACGUGCUCAAGCUGCUGCAGAGCUCGGCACGCGAGCUGCGGCCCCUGCUUGUCUUCAUCUGGGCCAAGAUUCUCGCCGUGGACAGUUCCUGCCAAGCCGACCUGGUGAAGGACAGUGGCCACAAGUACUUCCUGUCGGUGCUGGCCGACCCCUACAUGCCGGCCGAGCACAGGACCAUGACGGCCUUCAUCCUCGCCGUGAUCGUCAACAACUACAACACGGGCCAGGAAGCCUGCCUGCAGGGGAACCUGAUCGCCAUCUGCCUGGAGCAGCUCAACGACCCCCACCCGCUGCUGCGCCAGUGGGUGGCCAUCUGCUUGGGGCGCAUCUGGCAGAACUUCGACUCGGCCCGGUGGUGUGGGGUGCGGGACAGCGCCCACGAGAAGCUCUGCAGCCUCCUCUCCGACCCCAUUCCCGAGGUGCGCUGCGCAGCCGUCUUCGCCCUCGGCACCUUUGUGGGCAACUCUGCCGAGAGGACCGACCACUCCACCACCAUCGACCACAACGUGGCCAUGAUGCUGGCCCAGCUCAUCAGCGACGGGAGCCCCGUGGUGCGGAAGGAGCUGGUGGUGGCGCUGACGCACCUGGUGGUUCAGUACGAGAGCAACUUCUGCUCCGUGGCCCUGCAGUUCAUGGAGGAGGAGAAGAACUACCCGCUGCCCUCGCCUGCCACCACAGAGAGCGGGAGCCUGACCCCCGUGCGCGACAGCCCCUGCGCCCCCCGGCUACGCUCCGUGAGCUCCUACGGCAACAUCCGCGCCGUCGCCACCGCCCGGAGCCUGAACAAGUCCCUGCAGAACCUGAGCCUCACGGAGGAGUCGGGUGGUGCCGUGGCCUUCUCCCCCGGGAACCUGAGCGCCAGCAGCAGCGCCAGCAGCACGCUGGGCAGCCCUGAGAACGAGGAGUACAUCUUGUCCUUCGAGACCAUCGACAAGAUGCGCAGGGUCAGCUCCUACUCGGCGCUCAACUCCCUCAUAGGCGUCUCCUUCAACAGCGUCUACACGCAGAUCUGGCGUGUGCUGCUGCACCUGGCGGCCGACCCCUACCCCGACGUGUCGGACCUGGCCAUGAAGGUGCUCAACAGCAUUGCCUACAAGGCCACCAUGAACGCCCGGCCGCAGCGCAUCCUCAGCGCGUCCUCCCUCACCCAGUCGGCGCCCGCCAGCCCCACCAACAAGGGCGUCCACAUGCAGCACGCGGGGGGCUCCCCGCCAACGUCCAGCGCCAGCAGCUCCAGCCCCACCAACGAUGUGACCAAGCAGCCAGGCAGCCGCGACCUGCCAUCGGGCCGGCUGGGCGCCGCCGGGCCCACGGGGGCGCAGUACACGCCCCACUCCCACCAGUUCCCCCGCACACGGAAGAUGUUCGACAAGGGCCCCGACCAGUCCGCCGACGACCCAGACGACACCGGACACAAGAGCUUCAUCUCGGCCGCGAUGCAGACGGGCUUCUGCGACUGGAGCGCCCGGUACUUUGCGCAGCCCGUCAUGAAGAUCCCGGAGGAGCACGACCUGGAGAGUCAGAUCCGCAAGGAGCGGGAGUGGCGGUUUCUGCGCAACAGCCGUGUGCGGAGGCAGGCGCAGCAGCUCAUCCAGAGGGGCAUCACGCGGCUGGACGACCAGAUCUUCCUGAACAGGAACCCCGGCGUCCCCUCCGUGGUCAAGUUCCACCCCUUCACGCCCUGUGUGGCUGUCGCGGACAAGGACAGCAUCUGCUUCUGGGACUGGGAGAAAGGGGAGAAGCUGGACUACUUCCACAACGGGAACCCUCGGUACACGCGGGUCACCGCCAUGGAGUACCUCAACGGCCAGGACUGCUCGCUGCUGCUCACGGCCACAGAUGACGGCGCCAUCAGAGUCUGGAAGAAUUUUGCUGAUUUGGAAAAGAAUCCAGAAAUGGUGACGGCGUGGCAGGGGCUCUCGGACAUGCUGCCGACGAACCGAGGUCUGGCCCGAAAGGUCUCCAUCUAUCUUGACCACAGUAAGCAGGGAGGUGCUGGGAUGGUGGUGGACUGGGAGCAGGAGACCGGCCUCCUCAUGAGCUCGGGGGAUGUGCGGAUCGUGCGGAUCUGGGACACGGACCGCGAGAUGAAAGUGCAGGACAUCCCCACGGGCGCUGACAGCUGCGUGACCAGCCUGUCCUGCGACUCCCAGCGGUCCCUCAUCGUGGCUGGCCUAGGGGACGGCUCCGUCCGCGUCUACGACCGGAGGAUGGCCCUCAGCGAAUGCCGCGUCAUGACGUUCCGGGAGCACACGGCCUGGGUGGUGAAGGCCUGCCUGCAGAAGCGCCCCGAGGGCCACAUCGUGAGCGUCAGCGUGAACGGGGACGUGCGCUUCUUCGACCCGCGGAUGCCGGAGUCUGUGAGCGUGCUGCAGAUCGUGAAGGGGCUCACGGCCCUGGACAUCCACCCCCAGGCCAACCUCAUCGCCUGCGGCUCUGUGAACCAGUUCACCGCCGUGUACAGCGGGACCGGGGAGCUCAUCAACAGCAUCAAGUACUACGAUGGCUUCAUGGGCCAGCGCGUCGGCGCCAUCAGCUGCUUGGCCUUCCACCCACACUGGCCUCACCUGGCCGUGGGCAGCAACGACUACUACAUGUCCGUGUACUCCGUGGAGAAGCGCAUCAGAUAGCGGCGCCCGCGGGCCAGGCCGCAUGCACAGAGGGGCCGCUGCCCGGACCGGUCCUGGCCUGGCUGCGAGGCUCCGGGCUGCGCUGUCUGCCUGCCUGUCCUCGCUGUGGCGCCGUGGCCCAUGAAGUCCCCCCGCAGCGUGAUGGUGUGAUGUCACGGUCACUUCCCGCUGAGACGCGGCCUGAGGCCGAGGCGCCGGCACUGCUCCUCCCGUCCUCCCUGUCCUGUCCUUUCUUCCGAGAGUUUUGAAGCGGAAACACUCGUUUUAUUUUCCACGGGACCCAAGCCUGAGCUCCACGAGCUCCAAGACGGACCCGGCUUCUCCAGGCUCGGCCGCCUGGGGUCCCUGGGCCGGCACAGCCCGGCCACGCGCCAGCAGGGGGUGCCCAGCCGGCCGCAGCCUCGCUGUGCACAGGGACAGCUCCGGGCCGCGGGAGGGCUGGGGUUCGAGACCAGCACCGAGGAGAUGGAGGAGCUGGCACCUGGGCCUCCCGCCAACUCCCCGGGCUCAAUCCACCCCCCACAGCGCAGCCAUCCUCCGGCACAGGCGCGGCCUUGGGUUCGAGCUUGGGCCCCUGUUACCAGGUCCCUAGAGAAGGGGCCUGCAGCCUUGGGCAGGAGGCAGGUCUCUGGUGACUCAGCCACCGCCUGAGGCCACGGGCACGUUUCCCUGAAGGGCGGCAGCCAGGUCCGUGAUCUUCCUGCCUGUGCUCGCACACAUGCCACACGUGUCACACACGUGCACGCAGGGAGGCACAGCUGGAGGCCUGAGAGUGUCUGGUUAGACGACAUCUUGCCUGCAGUCCCUGUCCCCACUGUGCAGCCAUAACGCAUAAGAGCUCCUCACUGCUCACUGUAUCUCGUGUCUAUGCGUGAGCAAGUGCACAGGCCUGUGUAUACACGUGUGUACACGUGCACAAUCAUGUGCAGAUGUGCAAGUGCACAGGCAUGUGCAGACGUGCGUGUCCGUGUGUGUGAGUGCCAUGGCAGGGGAGCAGCAGCCGCGGCCGAUGGAGGCCCGGGAGGGUGUGCGGAGACGGCACCUGGAACUCAAAACCACCUCAGUGAUGAUGUUUGAAACGCAUUUGGGAAUCAGGGUUAUUCGCAGAGGAGCGAGGUGGCUUCGCUAAUUCCGCCAGCAAGAGGCCAAUAAUCGUGAAUGUGCGCCCGCUGAGGUCGCCUGGCUGCCGCGUCCCGGCGGGCGGAGCUUGGCGGCCGCGUGGCCUGGGUGUGCUGGGCUGGCGCCUGCACUGGGGCUGGACGGGCGGGUGCAGGAGGGCCCUGCCCGCGGCCCUGCGUGCUCCCGCCAGGAGACGGUUCUGGGAGAGAAGUCCCACGCCCCACGCUGCGUCCGUGGGCGCUCCAGCACGGACCCCCAACCUCCUGGAGUGUCUGACAGAUGGAGCGGGUCCCCUCCAGGUUCCAGGCUCGUGUGCAGUUCUGUUUGAGACGAAACCAUGAGCUGCCCCCGGCGAGGCUGUCUUCACAGAUCUGAUGCGAAAACUCAAUCAUGAAGUUACAGGCACAGGAGCCUGCCCUAAGGUCCACUACCUAUUUAUUCUACCAGAAUGAGACUCGAGAAGACGGACGAGACGCAGGACUGCCCUGUGACCGGGAGCUCGGUGAUGGACAAUAAACGCUGAUGAAAUCGUG